GUGGGGCUCAAGGUUGGUGUAAACACAUUAGCCAGCUAGCCAAUUUAGCUCCAUAUCUGAAAUAAUGUUUCGGUAGUAAGUACACUUUUUAUUCACAAAAUGCGAUGUUAUCUUCAUGCAGUUCUUCUGUGCAUGGUUUUUGCUGUCUUGUCGGUGCUGUAUGUAUUUAGUCAACUACCGGUAGCAUCGUCUUUGGAGUCGCAAGACGAAGACGGAUUGACCGAAAGAACUAAGAAAUCCAAUAGCAGGCAACUACAAGACACCGGGCACGUCAGGAAAGGUAGAGGAGUGUCUGCCCUUUUUGACCAGAAAGAACAUGAGAGGUAAAAUAACAUUUGAUUACUAGCUAGCUAGGUAACUUGGCUACAGAAGUCAGCUAGCUGAAAUGGUAAAGGUAGCUAGCCACCACAACUAAACUAGAAGUAGGAUAACUAGCUAGCUAGCUAGCCAGUUAAUCUAUUGACCUUCCUGAUAACUUUACCCUGUAGGAUGACAAUGUACAACUUCACCAAGGCCAAAGUCAUAAUAAUGGGGAGACAUGUUGAUAAUCAUUGUCUGCUAUAGCUAAAUCAUUAGUAACAUUGAAACUUUUGUUGUUUUCAUAGCAUCUUAUCUAUCAGAUAUUUCCUGCCUAGUAAUAAACGAUGAGGAAAUAUAGCUUCCUAGCUAGCUAUUUCUACACCUAUUAGAGAAACUCAAGCAUUUGCUAGAUAACCAGGUAGCUUUCUAAUCUAGGCCUACCCCUAUCAGAUUCAAGCAUCCAAAAAGCAUUUUUUCCUCUUGUUGUUCUGUCAGGUGUAGUGCAUUGUCAGUGUCUUACUGGAAUCCCUAUUGGAGACUGCCACCUGAUGUUUGUGGAAUGAACUGCUUAUCGGAACCAUCUCCUAGGUAGGCUUGGUUGGGGCAACCCCUUGAAAAGCAGACAGUGGGCACUACCAAUUUUGCAACAUGUAGCAUUGUGCUAGCCUGGUCUCCGUAUGGCAACUUUUGUGAUCAACGGCGUGACAGUGACCAAAGGAGUUGGCAAGACAACACAAACAGAUCUACUACCAGGCUAUAGAAGUAGGCAUACCACCUAACACUUUUCUUUAAUCUUUCUAGCUCAUAGUUUUUGGAUCCAGUUUGUAUUCCUCAUAGGGGUUAUGUGUUCAGUGUUCUCUCAUCAACAACACCGUCCACACAACCCACACACACACACUCAAGGACAGAGUGUGUGGAGACUCCCUCCUGACCCUGCUAAAAAUGUUGCAGUCCUCAUUACCGCCCUCUCUUCUUACAAAUCUCUGCCCGGGCCCGGCUUCAUCCAUAUUCCCCACCAGCCAAUGAUUGCUUACACCAAUCCAAUGCUUUUAAAUCCAUGACUGGGAGUGUGCACGUGUUACCCAUCUCCCCACGAUGCUGCUUUAGUCGCUUAGCGAGACCCUCACUUUCCUUAUCUCUUACUAGCUAUCUCGGGGAGAAGCCAGCCUCAGCCAGCAUCAAGCAGACCAGUCGUGAUGAAUGGAUACAACUGGCUGUGGUGGCCUGUGGCCCCAGACUAGAGGAGACCCUCACCAUGCUGAAGUCUGCCCUUCUCUUCAGCACUAAACCACUGCACUUCCACAUCUACACCGAGGAUCACCUACAUAUCAGCUUCAGAGAGGCUGUAAGUAUUAUUAUUAUUAUUAUUAUUAUUAUUAUUAUUAAGUAUGGAGAACAGGAAUCAAUGGCAGAAUGAAUGUUGGUAGUGUGGUCUAGCUAGCCUGAUUCCAUAUGUUUGUGCUGUGUAGCCAGCUCAGUUGUUGAGUUGGCAGGGGGAUGGAAUUAGGACGAAAGAAGCUGCCGAUCUACACUGAACAAAAAUAUAAACGCAACAUGUAAAGUGUUGGUUCCAUGUUUCAUGUGCUGAAAUAAAAGAUCCCAGACAUUUUCCAUGCACCAAAAGGUUAUUUCUCUCAAAUUGUAUGCACAAAUUUGUUUACAUCCCUGUUAGUGAGCAUUUCUCCUUUGCCGAGAUAAUCCAUCCACUUGACAGGUGUGGCAUAUCAAGAAGCUGAUUAAACAGCAUGAUCAUUACACAGGUGCACCUUGUGGCCACUCUAAAAUGUGCAGUUUUGUCACUAAACAAUGCCACAGAUGUCUCAAGUUUUGAGGGAGCGUGCAAAUGGCAUGCUGACGUCAGGAAUGUCCACCAGAGCUGUUGCCAGAUAAUUUAAUGUUCAUUUCUCUACCAUAAGCUGCCUCCAACAUCGUUGUAGAGAAUUUGGCAGUACGUCCAACCGGUCUCACAACCGCAAACCACGUGUAUGGCGUUGUGUGGGUGAGCGGUUUGCUAAUGUCAACCUUGUGAACAGAGUGCCCCAUGGUGGCGGUGGGGUAAUGGUAUGGGCAGGCAUAAGCUACGGACAACGAGCACAAUGCAUUUUAUUGAUGGCAAUUUUAAUACACAAAAGUACCUUGACGAGAUCCUGAGGCCCAUAAAAUAAAAAAUAAACUAUCUGUGACCAACCGAUCCAUAGAUUAGGGCCUAAUGAAUUUAUUUCAAUUGACUGAUUUCCUCAUAUGAACUGUAACUCAGUAAAAUCAAUGAUAUUGUUGCAUGUUGCGUUUAUAUUCUUGUUCCGUAUAAAUCAGACAUAACUUGUUAACUAAACCUGUGUGUCAAAGCAAACCUGUUCACCUGUGUGCCCUUUUAAAACUCACCAAUGUGCUCUGUGUAUUUCCCAUGAAGCUGGACUGGUGGCCCAGUGUGUUCCAGACAAGGUUUAACUACACCACGUACCCCAUCACCUUCCCCAGUGACAACGCCAAGGAGUGGAAGAAACUCUUCAAACCAUGUGCUUCCCAGAGACUCUUCCUACCGGUGAAUGAACACGCACACACAGAGGGCAUGAUGAACUUGGCUAUGCAUAUGAAGGAUUGUUUAGUGUUCACCUUGCUGAGAACUGACACCUCUAUCCUCAAGACUACCUAUCGACCUUGUUGGACAUUCUGACCCUCAAAACUGACCUCUAGUCUAUGUUCACUAGCUGAUCCUAAAAUAAGUAGUGGGGCUGCUGUACGUGGAUGAAGACAUCCUGUCCUUCCUCUCACUCUCUCUGUCCCUCUUUAACUGAUCCUAAAGGACGUGGACUCUCUGCUCUACGUGGACAAAGAGAUCCUGACUCUGACCUCAAACCUCUCUCUGUCCCUCCUCUUUAGCUGAUCCUAAAGGACGUGGACUCUCCGCUGUACGUGGACAAAGAGAUCCUGACUCUGACCUCAAACCUCUCUCUGUCCCUCCUCUUUAGCUGAUCCUAAAGGACGUGGACUCUCUGCUCUAUGUGGACACAGACAUCUUGUUCCUUCAACCUGUAGAGGAGAUCUGGUCCAUUCUGAGUCUCUUCAACUCUACCCAGCUAGCAGCCAUGGCCCCGGAGCACGAAGACCCACGUAUGGCUUGGUACAACCGCUUCGCCCGGCACCCCUACUAUGGCAGGACAGGGGUGAACUCUGGGGUCAUGCUCAUGAACAUGACCAGGAUUAGAGAGAAAUACUUUAAGGUAAGUGUGUGUGUGUCAAUGCUUGAUGGGAGGUGGGAAAUGAAAGGUGAAGAGAAUGUUUUAUUGUCUUAUUAGAGAAAGAGAGAACUGUCCAGAUCUCUUGAAGCUUCUCAGCUUGUUUUUAGCACCUUCUGUUAGGUGCUCAAUGUGUAAUGUUGGCCAAGGCAUUUUCUGUAAGUCUCUUGCACCACCAGCUUUGCCCAGAGGAGUUCACUGUUGCCAUUAUUUUGCGUGGCUCACAAACUGUCUCACCAGCAAUGUUCCCUCAAAAAAAUGUCAGGUCUGCUGAGCACAGAACUUGAUCAUUGUGAAAAUUCUGUGCAACUUCCGGCGCGCGUUUACUGUGAACACUGAGGCUGCACCUGCUUAACAGUGGCCAGGUAGGCUACUGUGGCUAUUUGACCAUAAUGUAGGCCUACCAGAGUGGCCUACAAUCAAAAACAAUGGAGAGAAUUGCAUCCCAUAACAUUUUAACAUGGAAAUAGCUGUUCUAUCAUUCACCACACAUUGGCUGCUACUUUAGGCUGUUCUAUGUAGACCUACAUUCCAUGAGACUUUAAAAAACAUGCAGGGCUUGACAGUAACCUGUUUAUUCACUUGCCCUUCAGACAAGGAGGUGACUGAAAAUGUUGUGUUUGAUGCAAGAAACCACUUUACAAAAUAAAAUGCAUUAUUAUCCCCAUUAUUACAGAGAAUCAGACAUAUUAUGCUACCCUCUGCCUAUUGGCUACUUGGCUUAUUCAAGCCUGUCUCAAAAUACAACACUGCCCCUUUAACACCAAAAAAAAGCUCUUUACCUGACUCACUUUUCAAAGAUGGCUAGAAAUGCACACGUUUUGUGCUCUUGUUGGAAGCAGCUUAGAGGGAACAUUGCUCACCAGCUGUGUACUGUGGAAUGAACAUGUUGGCAUGCGUCAAUCACAGAAAAGAUGAAACAAUGUGUUGAUUGUUUGGUGUCAGUCAGGAGUUUGGUGUCAAUAGUUUGGCAGUUUCCCAUCUAUAUUGUGUCAUCACUCAUGUAAGAAUGAAGGUGGUGCACACUGUCACUGAACAUUUUGUUUCUGUCGCUACUACGACUUGUUGUUACAGAAUGACAUGACGUCGGUCCACCUCCAAUGGGAAGAGCUGCUGAUGCCUCUGCUGCAGAAGUAUAAACUGAACAUCACAUGGGGAGACCAGGACCUGCUCAACAUCAUCUUCCAUUAUAACCCAGGUGAGACU